UAAGCAUUGCUCAACUUGCACCCGGGCAACAACUUCCGUCUCGAGAGGAAACACAAUGUCACUAUGAAGCGAUUUGCGUAAAGAAAACGCACGUAUCACUGAUGAAUGAACGAUGCUUAUGUAAUUUGUUUAAAUAUUCAUAACCGUAACACUAGCCCAAGGUGCACGAGGCGGAGACGCAACGUAUCGCGGCACGCAGGGGUCCAGGUAACGCACCUGAACACCCCUUGCUCUGGGCAGCAACGGCACGGCUCACACACGCCUCUGCCUGCUGCUGCUGCUGCUCCGCGCGAGUCUACACGCGGAUCGAGUGUCGCGCCAGGACUUCUCUCGCCACUACUCGAAGGAUCACGGCGAAUCUCGGCUGGCAUGGCUCGCCUUCACGUGCGCCUAUUGCUCAGCGUGGGACUGACCCUGCUGGUGCUCGUGCUCAUGAAAGAGAUCAUCCGACUGGAGCUCACCCCCUCCAGGCACAUGAAAUCGCACGAUAUGAAUAUUUCAACACUCAAAUUAUUCUCCAACCAUACAUCGGAAACCCAAAACGUGGCAACGGAGAACCGACCACCAAGGAGGCACAUGAGACCGAGACACAGUGCGAGACGAGUCAAAAAGAUCGUCCACGUGCAAUCUGUGACUUCGUGUACAAGACCCGAGUUCAUUCUAAAACCCAUAGCGCUCCCUAUAAGUUCUCGGGAUAACUCCCUACUUAAGGAAGCGAUCAGUGUGAACAAAAACAAGUGGAAGGCCAAUGCGUCUAAAAAAGAAGCCUACAGGAUCUACAUGAAGUGCUUCACGGAUGGAUCGUCAAACAUUGUGGUGACGCAGAAUAACUCUCCGCUCGGCUCCAACAUAUCCUACCUCAUUGGAAACGCACAGCUCACAGUUGGAACUGAAUUAACCAACAUCAUUCCAAUGACAUUUCCUGGACCUGAAAUGAAAAUGAAAACAUGUGCUGUAGUGGGAAAUUCUGGGUUUCUGCUAAACAGCAAAUGUGGAAAGGAGAUUGAUAAGUCAGACUUCAUAAUGAGGUGUAACUUGCCAAACAUCAGCAAAAAAUACAGCAUGGACGUGGGUGAGAAGACGAACUUGGUUUUUGUGAAGCCAUCUCUCAUUGUCAACAAGUACUCGGGCCUGAGGGACAGCAGGAUUAAAUUCGUGGAAGACAUGCAGAAGUACGGCAGUGACUUCCUCUUCACUGCUUUCAAUCACUUGACUCACACCAACCUCGCUUACAAGGCUUUUUACACCAUGGAUGACUUUGCCACAGGGCAGUCCAUCCUCUUCCUAAACCCCAAUUACUCACGUGGGCUCAGAGCACUGUGGAACCACCAAGGCCUUGCUUCCAAGUACCUCUCCGCGGGCCUCCACAUGACGAGCGCUGCCCUGGAAGCCUGCGAGGAGGUGCACCUCUUUGGCUUCUGGCCCAUGGAAAUCGCGUCGGUGAAUCGCCGUGGUCGCCGGGGCAGAAGGUCCAGGACCUCCAUCGUGACCGUCCGGCACAGCUACUUUGAACAAAGCGACCAGGAAUCAAAGGUCAAGGAAGUCUUUGAUCUCAAGAUGGAAUUUGCACACCUGCUGAGGCUGCACACCAAUGGCAUCAUCCGUCUCCAGCUGGGCGCCUGUGCGGUGUAAUGUAAAGUUUGAGGUAGCAACAACCGCUGAAAUUGUGUUGAAUGAUUUUAACGUAACUCGCGUAACAAUGGGGCAUAUUGCUCAUACUUGCCACAGUGAGCUUGGAAUCAUUGUAUUUAAAUGUUUUUUAAAUAUAUUUUUGGAAGAUGUUAUUUUCUCCCAGUGUCUCUUCAAAAGAUGAAGAAUCCAUUUGGAAUUCUGACAACAGUGCGCCCCCUUGUCAGAGAAUGGCUAUGGAACAGAUUUUUCGCAAUACUUCUGAAAAAAAUAUUAUUUUUGUAUCCCGAACACAGGAGUUAACUCUUUCCAAUAUACUGUUGAGAUUGCUUUUUCUACGACAAAGUCAAUGCAUUUUUUUUACAUUACAGAUAUAUUUAAUUAUAGCCGAAAUUAAGUACCAAAUGUAAUUUUGGUGGAGUCAUUGGUGACCUGGUUGAGACCAUUAACUCGGUACACUUGAGAACCCAGAGGCAGGCUGAACCGGAUUCAAGCUGAAGAUCUCAGUGGAACCUGACCUCUGAACCACCCAGCCGCCAUGGUAUUGUGGGAUUUUAAGUGACUUCCACACAUGAUUCAGCAUGAAUGCGAUGUCUCAUGAAUAGAGUACAAUAUUUGCAGGAAACAUCAGUUAUUUUCUCAUGAUGCAUUCGAUAAAGUCGUAUUUUAUUAAUUAUACAUCUCUGCCCGCUAGUAAUUGAAUGAGACUGCUUCUGUUCUGAUUUAAUUGACAGAGCUAAAUGAUUAAAAAAUUCAUGAUUUUGUGCAACCAUUCCACAGUACUGUCUGUACACAGUAUUUAAAUAUUGUCACCAUAUGAAAAUGCUCGUAGUAUUGAAUUUUAGGUGGAGGGUUUUGUUUAAUGUUUUUGUCAAAUGCCUUAAGUUAUUUUACAUGACGCUGUCUUACAAAAUGUGAUAUAUAAGUAGAUUUCUGUGAAGGAAGGGACAUAUCUCGAUCUCUCGCAGCGACUUGGAGACGGCAAUAAGUGGGGGAAAGACUCACUCAUUUCUGCUCUGCCUAACCCAAGAUUGAUGCACAGCAAGUUUAUUUAAAAAUGAAGUGCAUUUUUUCAUCACUGAGAGGUAAUAAAGACUAAAAUUUCGCCAGCUGGCCUUAUUCGGGAAAUAAUACAUAAUCUUGAUUUGAGGCUUGAACACGUAUACCAGGCUCUCAGGAGGAAUGGAUAUUCUGACCGCACAAUCCGCAAAGCUGUAUCCCCAACCAUGGGUAGAGAACCAUCUGAGGACCUAAUCAAAACCAUCCCCUUACCAUACAUAGCAGGGGUCACCAAAAGGAUUGCCAAAAUCUUAAACAAACUCAAGAUCCAAGUUCGGUUCAAUACAGUACACAAUCCGUGAUUUGAUCCCAUCGGUGAAGGAUGCGAUUCCGGACAUGCAAUGUCCUGGUGUCUAUAAGCUGAGUUGUGUCUGCGGCAGCAGUUUAAUUGGUGAAACGAAGCGACGUGUCUCAGACCGGGUUCGCGAACACAAAGCGGAUUUCAAACACGGCAGAACCAACUCCUCGGCGGUGGCGAAUCAUUGUUUCAACGCUGUGGGCACACGUGACAUUGUUUUUUCCGAGACCAAGGUGCUCUGCAAACCCUCGGGCCACCUUCAGAGAUUUGUUCAUGAAGCCAUCCAGAUAUACAAACAGACAAAACUUUAAUCGAGAAGAUGGAUUCAGAUUGAGCAAUCAUUGGAAAGAUGUGAUAAACCACGUCAAGUCUGAACUGCUAUGAUUUUCACUCACCCACCCGAUUGUCGUCCGAUUACGACUUGAACUACAAGUCCAUUUACUUGCUAAUUUCUCUAGCCCCACCCAUCCAUGCACGACACAAACCUUCCCCCCCUCCCCUGUGAACUCCUAGAGCCAAACUCCCCCCUCUCCCAUCCCGUGCCUAUAUAAUGCCACGAGCAGAUCAUUUUCCUGCGCUCUGGUCGGAUGAAAGCCCAGCCCUUGAGUGAAAGCAUCGGCCGCACUGUGGGCAACAGUUACUCGUUUGCUGGAUUGUAUUUGUGUUAUACAAGUUCACCAGUUCGGAACAUGGUGUCAGGUAAGGGUCAGACUGCACAUGGCUCGGGAGUGGUGGAUUCAGGAGUGAUACAAGUCCUCUUUAACAUGAAUUCUUACACUUGCAGAUGCGUGUUUAAAAUUCUGUAGCCUACUGCAAGAUAACUGAAAAAACAAUUGGUGGUACUUGUUUGGUUUGGAAUGUAUCAGCUCCAAUACUGCGUUUAAGCGAGACAUUGAAAAUGUACUGCACUGCAUCGAUAUACACGUUGUGCAUCUCAUUUAAAUAAUGUACCCAGCAUAUGAGAACUAGAAGCAUCUCCAGAUGCUGUACAUAGCAACAUGCAUAACCCAAACCUUUUGUUUUUUAAUAAACAAAACCAUUUAAAUGCAAUGCAUGAUACGCAUGGAGGUUGAGUUUGCAAUAGAUCUUCAGUGAUAAGGGGCAUUGUCAUGUGGACUGAUGAACGUGUUCAGUAUUGGCGUCUUUUGGAAUAAAAAUGUGUUUUCAACGAUUCUCA